CGCAGCUCAGGGGCGGGUACUGAGGGUAUAUAAAGCAGCUCGGCGGCGUUCUAGUUCUCUCCCGGGACGGCGAAAAAGUAGGUUUGGGGAGCCGCCCCUGGAACCGGAGCUGUCGUGUCCCCCUCCUCUUUUAAUUUACCGUUGCCAACAAUAAAGGCCUUUCCUGCCGUAGUAAGUGUGUGUCCGCGUUUUUUCCAUGGUUGUCAUUAGGCUGUUCGCGUUAUCCCACAAAGCGGAAUUUGCAACCUUUCUCUUGGACCUCAGGCUCCUUCGGGAGUGCGGGCGACAUUUCGCAGAAGGUUCUCUGGCCGACCUUGCCGGGAUCUCCAGAUGGCCGCGCUGCGAGCAACUCUCCACGUGGCGACCCUGGCGGCUGGGGCGCGCCGAGCUUUGUUGGGUAGGGAAGGCUCCCUGGCUGGUAACUGCCUGGCCCACCGUUGCCUCUGGGAUAAGCUCCACAGCGGUCCCCGAGUCGGCAGCGUCCCCACGUUCGACUGGUUCUUUGGGUAUGAGGAAGCCCAGGGGUUCCUACUGCCGCUGCUACAGGAGGCACCGGCUGCCUAUCCACUGCGGGUGUUGGACGUGGGCUGUGGGACCUCCAGCCUAUGUACAGGUCUCUACACCAAGUGUCCAAUUCCCGUGGAUGUGCUGGGGGUGGACUUCUCUCCUGUGGCCGUGGCCCACAUGAACAGCCUCCUGGAAGGUGGCCAAGACCAAAUACCCCUGUACCCUGGGCACCCUGCCUCUCGACUACAGUUCAUACAGGCUGAUGCCCAGAACCUGGAGCCCGUGGCUCCCUCAGGCUCCUUCCAGCUAGUGCUGGAUAAGGGCACCUGGGAUGCUGUUGCCCGGGGCGGUCUGCCUGGGGCUUACCAGCUUCUGUCAGAAUGCCUAAGGGUCCUAAGCCCCCGGGGGACCCUGAUUCAGUUCUCCGAUGAGGACCCUGAUGUGCGGCUACCCUGCCUGGAGCAAGGGUCCCAAGGCUGGACUGUGACUGUGCAGGAGCUAGGCCCUUUCAGGGGCAUCCCCUACUUUGCUUACUUGGUUCAAGUCUCUCAUUAAAGACUUUAGUUCUAACUCUAUAUAAUUUUUCUGUUGGGUGAGGAAAGAGGUGAAGAGAAUUUUUUGCAUCUUUGUAUGACGGCUGGGAAGCGAGGAUCUUAGGGCUGGCCUCCAUAUUUUCUAGCCACGUGCACAUAUUUUUGAAUGUCUCCAUGCCCCAGUUUACACCUCGGCAAGGUAGGAAUAAUAAUAGGUGGAGUUGGGAUUACAUACAAUGUCAGGUGAAACAUUUAGCACUUAGCAAUGCCAGGCACAAGAUGAGUGCUAACUAGAGAAGGCUUCUAACCCCUACUAACUGGAAUACCUAUGGGCACAGAUCGAGUUUCUGGGGGUUUUUUGUUUAAAGAGAGGAGUUCUUAAUCCAAAUCCCAGCACUGACUGAUGUGAGCCAGUGGCCCAACCUCCAAGCCUCAGUGUCCUCAACCUGUGAAAAGGGGAAGAUUGAUAGGACAGCCAGAAGGGCCUCCUAACAAACUUCACUGAAAUGUUGAGAGAGAGAGAACAGAUACUUACCCUCAAAGCUCCUGGGAGGCAGGAGGUGUGAAUAUUCCACAAAGCAGCUUCUACACACGUGGGAGCCUGUUGCUGGGUUCCAGAGAGGACAGGGGUUGGAGGCUUCCUGAUACUCUGUGUCCUCGGGAAUCCAGGAGACAUCUUGUUCUACCUGUUCCUGCCCCCAGCUGAGUUCUGGGUUAAAGGUUCUUAACGGAGAUCUGGGGUCCAGUGGGCUCCAAGUCCAGCCUGGGGGAGAGGAGAGUUGAAGAGCCCGUUAAAAGUGAAAAGUAUUCCUGCGGGCGUUUGGGUGGCUUAGUCGGUUAAGUGUCCUACUUCGCCUCAGGUCAUGAUAUCAGGUCCUUGAGUUUGACCCUCACUUCAGCUCUGUGCUGACAGCUCAGAGCCCGGAUCCUGCUUCAGAUUGUGUCUCCCUCUCUGCCCCUCCCAUGCUCACACUCUGUCUCUCUCUCUAAAAAAUAAACGUUAAAUAAAAAAAAGUGAAAAGUAUUUCUGAUACAUUACUGACUUUUUGAAAGAUGAAGCAAAUUAGUUUGAUGUUUUUUUCUUUUGCUUAUAAAAAAGUAAUACAGCAAUUGUAAUUAAGAGCCUAAUUUCAUGGCCUCAGUUUUCUCAUGAGGAUAAAAGGGUCUCCCCCACUGAGUUCUGAAAAUCAUGAGAUAAAAGUGUUUAGCACAGUGCCUGGCACACUGUAAGUCCUAAUAAAUAAGCUUUUUUUUUUUUUUUUUUUUUUUUUUAACGUUUAUUUAUUUUUCAGACAGAGACAGAGCGUGAACGGGGGAGGGUCAGAGAGAGAGGGAGACACAGAAUCUGAAACAGGCUCCAGGCUCUGAGCUGUCAGCACAGAGCCUGACGCGGGGCUCAAACUCACGGACCGCGAGAUCAUGACCUGAGCUGAAGUUGGACGCCCAACCGACUGAGCCACCCAGGCGCCCCUAAGCUUUUAUAACAGUAUGAGACAUGGGGGAAAUUCUGGAAGAAAAGGCAUCCAAAAUGUAACUUCUCUCUGGGUAGUCGAUUUGGGAUAAUUUUAUUACAUUCCCCACACACACACAACAAAUGAUGUAAAUAUUUUAAAACAUUUAAAACAUUGUUUUAGAAUAUUUUAAAAACAAUGUAUUUUAAAAUAUUAAGUAU